ACCUAGGUGAUAUUGACAUUUGCUCUACUGGGACUUAAUCGUGGCAAAAUCCAUGUCUACUAGUCGUGCACCCUACGCUGCCCUUGCACAGGAUGCUGACGAGGUCGAGCUGAAGGAGCACUUGCUUGAACCCGACCAGCCAACAGAAGUUUCUUCAGCAGGCUCGCCCCCACCCCAAUCAUGGCACAUCUCGCCAUUCAUUCGCUAUUCUGUCUACAUCAUUCUCAUCUGCACUCUCUUCGACGCAGUAAUUGUCUCCUACAUUGCGUUCCAAUACGUUCGCCUCCAGAAACAGCCUACGGCAUCCUCGUCUUCGGAUGAGUUCGAACUCCGAAGCACGUACGUUAACUUCGACAAGCUAUACGGACUAGACGGAGGCCAACAAUCAUUGAAACCUGCCCCUCAUGAGCCGAUAGUCAAUCUUCCUCGGGCAUGGGCACAGGUCUCUAGGGCGGAGCCGGAUAAGGUGUUUGAGAUGUGGCCCGAAUCAUGGAUGAGUGAGCAUGGACUUAUUCCGAACGACGAAAGAAGACUUUGGGUCACGACCGAGUUUCGGGUCAUCGACUACGGCAUGGAGAACUGCUCUAUAACGGUCGCGAUACCAGCUCUCACGUCUUCGUCCAUCAAGUCCUUCUCUCCGUCCUCCGCUACGUCCGGCUCAUCCUCCUCACCCAACGUGCACCUCGAGAUUUACAGUCUCGAUACCACCUCCAAGCUCGACCUCAGCACACUCUCCUGGAAAACAAAACCUGCUCGCUCAACACAUCUCGGAACACUCGUUGCCACGCCGGGUACUACGGCAGAGUUAAGUUCGGCAUUUAUAUGUAAGAGAGGGACGUACGUUACGGUUGAGGUGACAUGCCCGGAUGAGGACAAAGAUUGUACGGUGGAGGUGGUAAACGAUGCACCGGAGGCUGUCGGUGAGAUAUUUUUGAUUCUACUCCUAGUGACCUUUACGCUCACUAAUGUCAUGAUCUGGCUUCCAGGAUUGUACAUGAAGCAAUACCAGACGUUGUGA